AUUUUACACUCACUAACCAACCAAAAUGACUGUCUAAACAUAUUUGCAUAACAACGAAAACCAAAAAUCUUAAAAAUCAAAAUUUUGAAAAGUUUUCUCUUUUCUAGAAUUUACUUGAAAACUUAUACAAACAAAAAUCUGCACGCAUGUUGUUGUUAUCACUUUUAGAUAAAACAAAAACUCUAAACACUCUCCAUAUGAACUGUUAUAAAUUUCAACCUAUAGAAACCUUAUAUAUCUAUUAAAAUCCCUACAAAAACCUGGAAGUAAUCCUCUUUCCCCCUUCUCCAACGCAAAGUAAGAAUAACAAUACAAAAUUUUGUAACCCUGAAGUAGAAACCAUACAAAAUUUUUCAACAUUAAAACCAGAAAACAUAUAACCCCUACAAAAUCUAACUAGCUAUGAAUUUACAUCAUAAUCCAAAUAACGAUGAUGAAUGUGACAAUUCAAUAUCAUCACAAACACAAGAACAGCAGCAACAACAACAACAGCAGCAGCAACAUGGCAACACAGUAUGUAAGGGCCAACAUGUUUACCAAACAGAACACAGGAAUAGCAGUAAUAGAUUUUGCCAAACUGGUCAGUUAUUACAAAAGAAAAUUAUAACAAUGUCAAACGCAUCCACAACAGCUGAAGUAGCAGCAUCAUCAACAACAAUUAAAUUAUUAAAUAAUACCUGCCCCACAGUAGUAGAUGAACGACAACAACGACAUGGCCAACAGCAUCAACAUGUUCAACCAUUACAAAAGUGGCUACAACGACCACGGGGGCAGACGCUUGCAAAGAAUGCACCAGUGAUAUGGAAUUUACUAAAUAACAAAAUGUUCAAAUUACACAACAAUGUCUGUAAAUAUUUCCUAGUGAUGUUUGUCGUGAUAUUAACAAGUUUUCCAGCUGCCACCGUUAUGGCUUUGCCCAGUCUACAGGACACAAAUACUACUACGAAUAAUGUUAUACAGCAAAUACAUCACGAAUAUAAAAAUGAUAAAAUUGCCACAAUUAGUCAAAGUGUAAAUAGUACUAGUAAUUACAACAGCAACAACAACAACAACGAUACCACAACAAAUUCGGCUGUUAAAAUAAUAUUAAAUGAUUAUAAUGAUGCAUUUUUGCAAAUGUUACCCAUGACUGAACAGGAGCAACGGCAGCAGGAACAGCAUCACUCAAACGCUGCUAAAAAUCAUUUAUUAGAAAUGGAGCCGGAUGUUACUGUCAUACAUGAUGAUCUUUUGGAUAGUUUUCGUGGCACACAUAGCUUGCCUCAGCAACCCAUGUAUACGAAUGUUGCUGUUCAUAUACCGGCUGGCAAAGAUAUGGCCGAUUUGAUUGCCGAUAAAUAUGGUUUUAUUAAUAUGGGUCAGAUUGGUUCUCUACAAGACUACUAUUUAUUCCAUCAUAAACGCAUCUCAAAACGUUCCCUAAGAACUAGUGAUGAACACCAUAGCGCCUUAAAUGCUGAACCUGAAGUUAGAUGGUUAGAACAGCAACAUGAAAAAAUCCGCCAGAAACGUGAUGGCUCCUUUAGCAGUAUAGCCGGCUAUAGUCCCUACGAUGUUGUACGUCCCUCGACUGGUUUUGGCAGUAUGCCCACUACACGUUUAUCAUAUCAUCCCACCUCGGUGUAUCGUCCGUUAGUACCGCGGGCACCACGCAUACAAUACCGUGAUGCCGGACCACACAAUAUCUUUCCCGAUCCCUUGUUCAAGGAACAAUGGUACUUGAAUGGUGGCGCCAAAGAUGGUUUGGACAUGAAUAUUGGACCUGCUUGGCAAAAAGGUUAUACCGGCAAGGGUGUAGUUGUUUCAAUCUUGGACGAUGGCAUACAAACAAAUCAUCCUGACCUUGCUCAAAACUAUGAUCCAGAUGCAUCAUUUGACAUUAACGGCAAUGAUUCCGAUCCAACGCCACAGGAUAAUGGCGAUAACAAGCAUGGUACCAGAUGUGCUGGUGAAGUUGCUGCCGUUGCCUUCAAUAAUUAUUGUGGUGUAGGUGUAGCAUAUAAUGCUAGUAUUGGUGGUGUUCGUAUGUUGGAUGGCAAAGUUAAUGAUGUUGUUGAAGCUCAAGCUUUAAGUUUAAAUCCUUCUCACAUCGAUAUCUACAGCGCGUCAUGGGGUCCUGAGGAUGAUGGAUCGACAGUUGAUGGCCCUGGGCCUUUGGCUAGACGUGCUUUUAUUUAUGGUGUUACCAGUGGUCGUCAAGGCAAAGGAUCCAUUUUUGUUUGGGCUUCAGGUAAUGGUGGACGUUAUACGGAUUCUUGCAAUUGUGAUGGUUACACCAAUUCCAUUUUCACCUUGUCCAUCUCUUCGGCCACACAAGGAGGCUUUAAACCCUGGUAUUUGGAAGAAUGUUCUUCUACCUUGGCUACCACCUACAGUUCUGGUACUCCUGGUCAUGACAAGAGUGUAGCUACUGUUGAUAUGGAUGGCCGUCUAAGACCCGAUCACAUUUGUACAGCCGAGCAUACUGGUACCUCUGCAUCGGCUCCUUUAGCUGCUGGCAUCUGCGCCUUGGCUUUGGAGGCAAAUCCCAAUCUAACCUGGCGUGACAUGCAAUAUUUGGUGGUCUAUACUUCCAGACCUUCACCUUUGGAAAAGGAAGCUGGCUGGAUGUUGAAUGGUGUAAAACGCAAGUACAGUCACAAAUUCGGUUAUGGUUUAAUGGAUGCCGGAGCCAUGGUCUCGUUGGCCGAGCAAUGGUCUACUGUGCCACCCCAACAUAUUUGCAAAUCGCGUGAGAAUAAUGAAGAUCGUAAAAUUGAAGGAACUUAUGGUUAUACUUUGGCUACUCACAUGGAUGUUAAUGGCUGUGCUGGAACUAUUAAUGAAGUACGCUAUUUGGAACAUGUACAAUGUAGAAUCACUUUGAGAUUCUUCCCUCGCGGUAAUUUACGCAUACUCCUAACCUCUCCUAUGGGCACUACCAGUACCCUGUUGUUUGAGAGACCUAGAGAUAUUGCUAAAUCCAAUUUCGAUGACUGGCCUUUCUUGAGUGUUCAUUUCUGGGGUGAAAAGGCUGAGGGUAGAUGGACUUUACAGAUUAUUAAUGGCGGUCGUAGACGUGUCAAUCAACCGGGUAUUUUAUCUAAAUGGCAAUUGAUUUUCUAUGGUACUGCCGUCCAGCCAAUGCGUUUAAAAAGUGAUUUAGUUUCCCAGCCUGUUUAUACGUAUCCCACGGAAUCCGAUUUGGGACAACCUUUGAGUGCUGAUCAGUUUACAAGUUUUUUAAAUUUUCAAAAUCUCUAUACCGGAGCCGGUUCUAAUCCAGAGCAGGCUGUAACUACCGUAGAUGGUCAUAAUAUUCCCACACCUCAAAGACAAAAUGUCAUGGCCGAUUCGAAUAAUAAGCUGGUGUUGCAUGACUGUGAUCCUGAGUGUGAUUCGCAGGGUUGUUAUGGCCGGGGACCGACUCAGUGUGUGGCCUGUAAACAUUAUCGUUUGGAUAACACCUGUGUCAGCCGUUGUCCUCCGCGUUCCUUCCCCAACCAAGGUGGUGUCUGCUGGCCUUGUCAUGAGUCUUGUGAAACCUGUGCUGGUGCCGGUCAAGAUAGCUGUUUAACUUGUGCUCCUGCUCAUUUGCAUGUAACAGAUUUGGCUGUUUGUCUACAAGUUUGUCCUGAAGGAUAUUAUGAAAAUUAUGAUAAUAAAACUUGUGUGCCAUGUGAAGCUAAUUGUGGUUCAUGUCAAGAUCGUCCCGAUUAUUGUACAUCAUGUGAACAUCAUUUAGUUAUGCAUGAGCAUAAAUGUUUCUCCUCGUGUCCUCUGCAUACCUAUGAAACUGAAGAAUACAACUGCGCUUCAUGCCAUUCAUCUUGUGACACUUGCAACGGUUCGGCGGAAUCACAAUGCAUCACUUGUCGUUCCGGUCGUUAUGCCCUCGAUGGUAAAUGUUUAAAUCGCUGUCCAGACGGUUACUAUGCUGAUAAAAAACGCCAAGAAUGUGUAGCGUGUCCGACGGGUUGCGCCACAUGUACGACCAAUGGUUUUUGUCUAACAUGCCUGCAAAAUUGGACUCGUAAUAAAAAAGGAAAAUGUAUUAUCACCGGCAGUGAAAAUUGCGAAGAAUCUGAAUACUACGAUAACAACCAUUGUCAUCCAUGUCAUAGCACUUGUGAGACAUGUGAUGGACCCACCGAAUCAAAUUGUUUAAGUUGUCCCCAAAGUCUGCUGCUGCAAAACAAUCACUGCGUUAGCUCGUGCGAUGAUGGUUUCUAUAUGGAGGCUGGCGUUUGUGCUAAAUGUCUACAUACAUGUACUCAAUGUGUCUCACGUAUGAAUUGUACAGCCUGUGCCAAAGGAUUACAACUGCAAAGUGGUGAAUGUCGUACUACCUGUGCCGAUGGCUAUUAUAGCGACCGUGGCACCUGUGCCAAGUGUUAUCUCAGCUGUCAUACCUGCAGUGGUCCGCGUCGUGAUCAAUGCGUUCAAUGCCCCAGUGGUUGGCAGUUAGCUGGUGGUGAAUGUCAUCCUGAAUGUCCCGAAGGUUUUUAUAAGUCAGAGUUUGGUUGUCAAAAGUGUCAUCAUUAUUGUAAAACUUGUAAUGGUGCUGGUCCAUUAGCUUGUACCUCAUGUCCUGCACACUUUAUGUUGGAUGGUGGUCUCUGUAUGGAAUGUUUAGGUUCACAAUACUACGAUUCACCAACGCAAACGUGCAAAACAUGUCAUGAAUCAUGUCGUUCUUGCACAGGACCUGGCCAAUAUUCCUGUCAAACCUGUGCCUUCCCCCUACAUCUAGAUCGUCUCAAUAAUCAGUGUGUACCCUGUUGUGCCAAUGAUGCUUCGCCCGAGGAUCAAUCCUGCUGUCACUGUGAUAAAGAUACAGGUGGUUGUAUAAAUGCUUCGCCUGCUGGCAAACGUCGCAUAGCAGCCGCAGCCGAACAGCAACAAUUUGGUAGUUCCUAUGGCAAUAGUGGCGGUCUUUAUGGGAAUUUACUAGAUGAUACAGAUGGCUCGUCAACAGGUGUUAGUGGUUUAUUCUCACGUGUUGGUUCACCGUUAACAACUAUAACAGCAAUUGCGGUUGCUGCCUGUCUACUUAUUGUUACCGUAUUUGCUGUCAUAUUUGCCGUCUUACAGCGCUCCACAAACCACCCGGCCCGUAAAACAACCAAGUACAAUAAAAUACCCACCAAUGGACGUCGGAAAAAUCGUAUUACCUCGUCAAGUACUCUACUAAAGGUUGAUGCUGAAGCUAAUCUCGGAGAGGAGGAUGAAGAAGACGACGACGAAGAAGAAGAGGAAAUCGACUAUGAAAGACAAGUGCAAACACAGCAGCAGCAACAACAACAACAUGGUGAGAUAAAUAUCGAAGAUGAAGACGAUGAUGAUGAAGAGGAAGAUUUAGAAUUAUAUAAUCUGAAUAGAAAUUCUAAAAAACUAGCCCAACGUUCCAACAAACAAACGGAAGAACUGAAUACAUUUGUGAGAGUGCCACUGAAGAAAACGAAAAGUCAGGAGCAACGGGAAACACAAAGGACAUAGAAUUUUCUAAAAAAAUUAACUAAAUAAAUGUUAUAAAAAUAUAAAGGUUUAAAAUAUUUUAAAAAAAGCCUUAUAAAAAAAAAUUAAAAGAUAAUUGAAAAAACAGAUUUUUUUAAAUAAAUAACAAAAAAAAAAAAAAGAAAUAUUUGUAAAUGUAAAUUUU